GUUUGUGAGCUUUUUUUGGUCUGCUCACAAUUUCCAGCCUGGUUUUCACUCCUUUAUCAUGGACUACUCACAAACUGAGUCUGGUGUUUCAAAACGCCUUUCAUGGGGAAAAGUCGUCGAUAAACUGCUCCAUCAUGCCGAUAACACAAAAGCAACGAAAAGAGAUUCAGGGUGUUUAUCGGUGCUUUCCAUGGACGAUGACCCGUUUGAAGAGGCUCUGUGUACGGAGACGGUGGCCAAUGUGUCCGAUCUCCUGAAUGAGAGCAGUGCUGAGCUCCUCGGCUCCUCCAGACUGGUGGUUCCUCAUCUGCUACUGGAGAGGAUCGGUCAGGAGCUGCUGCAGCUGGCGGCCACUGAACCCUGCGGUCUCAGAGGAGCCAUCGUCGAUGUGUGUGUGGACAACAGCAAGAGUCAUCAGAGUGUGGGACAGAUAUCUGUGGACCCUGAUAUUGUUCCAACUUUUCAUCUGACCUUUUUACUGCGGCUGGAUCUUGGAGGACUGUGGCCAAAAUUCACGAGUAGACUCAGUAAUUCAGUGAAAAUGAGCCCAGGCUUUACAGUGGUCAAAAGGAAACUGUACAGCUCUGAGGAAGUGUAUGUGGAAGAACUAUGACCUGAAGAUGGCACUUCUAUUGAACAUUACUCUUACUAAGAGUUGUAGGCAAACUCUACUUGAAAACUCUUGGCAGUUUAUUUUCUUAUUUAAAAUAAGACAAACGUGUAUGGGUUUUACUAUACAAUUUAAGCUAUAGGGCAAGCUUACUAGUUUUAACAAUUUACAAUCUAGUCCUUAAAAUACCCAUUACUCAGCUAAUGGCAACUAAAAAUAUAUGCAACUACCUCAGGGAGGGGGAGAAUUUUAUAAUUGUGCCUGUGUAAUUCUAGAAAAUACUUAAAUGUUUGCACAAAUGAAAUUUGCACUACUUUUAUGUGAUGAAGUUUACAAAUGAUUAAGUAUUUUCAUCCUCAGCAGAUGAGAAACAUUUGUUUAAAGUACUGAAUCUGAACUUACUGCAAAAGAUUUGCAUACUCAUAUUUUUUUAAUUUAUACACCCAUAUAUUUGGGCUUUUUGUAUAAAUAAAACUACAGAAUGAUGACAAACCAAAGU